CCCCGCUCCAGUACAGCAUAAACCACACCAGUCUUUCAAAUAAGCUCCACCACCCAUCAUAUAGACAGCAAAGAGACACAGCUUGUUGACAAAUACUACAUUUGAACAUCCUGGUGCUACAUCUGUGUCCGUCAGAGGAAGAAGAUGAUGAUGCAUCCAGGACAUGAUGACCUUACCAAGCAGAGGAUGCUGCAAGCUAAGGCUCUGUGCAAGGAGGCCAGGGGAGACGGUCUGAACCUGGGAAAGAAGAUCAAUGUUCCUAAGGAUGUGAUGAUGGAGGAGCUCAACCUUCCCUCAAACCGAGGCUCCCGCAUGUUCCAGGAGAGACAGAAGAGGGUGGAGCGAUUCACCCUGGACAACACACCCAACAGUGCUUAUGAUAACAACAUAUUUCCAGAGGCUCCUUUCCCCACUCAGACCAUCGCAGAGCCACAGGGAGGAAAGGAGAACCAGGCUUUCGCUGUCCCUGGUAAGCAUAGCCUGAUCAUCAACCUACAGAAGACUGUAGCAAAGAAGGGCAGUCCUGACAUCCUUGCACCAGGGUAUUCUGGCCCACUGAAGGAGAUUCCUCAUGAGAAGUUCAACGUUACAGUUGUCCCAAAAUCCUACUAUUCCCCAUGGAGGCAAGCUCUGGGAGCCAACGAGUUCCUCAACUCCCUCAGUAGCCAGCUGCCUGAGACCCCACAAAGACUACAGCAUGCCAACUAUAGGUGCUUCAACAGGUCUGCCAUGCCAUUCGGGGGUUGUGUGGCCACCAGCAAGAGGGUGAUCCCAGUGAUUGACUUCGAAGCACUGGAAUCCCAGAACCUGCCAGGCAUCGCCCUAGAUCGCAUGUCUCGGCGGCCCAACUUCAACCGAGCACCCAGGGGAUGGGGCAUUAAUUACUGCCCUGAAUCUAAUGAACUGUGAGGAGGCC